AUGAUUGAUGAUUAAAAUAUCGAAUCUGGUGAUUAAUCUUAAUAUUUGAGAAAUUGUGAUAGUUUGAAUGCUUAUGAAAUCAGUGGAUAAAUUCAACAGGAUCAUUUUUCUUCAUUAUAUAAUAAAGCAAUAGAAAAAUAGCAAAGAAUCAAUUAAAAACAAGAAGAGAAGAAUGAAGAAAUUAAACAAUAAGCAAAUAAAGUUAAGAUUGAUUAUAACUCAUAAAAAAUCCUUUUGAAGAAAUUAGAAACACAAAUUAAUACAGUACUUAAUCGUCAUUAAAUUGAAGAGCAAUUGGACUAUGAAAGAUUUUGUAAUGUGCUGGUUGAUCUAGGUAUAUCAACAAAGAAUGAUCAUGUGUCAAUUGACUUAUGGAAAUUAUUAACAUUAGGAUUAGAUUUAGAAAGUGCAUUUAUUGGAUUUGUAUUUAAUAUUCUUGUGAUAUUAUUGGAAAAAUAGUUAACACAAACUUAAUCAAUAGUAUUAUUAACAGACGUUAUAAAUGUUGAAUUAGAAGAUUAGAACAUACCAAAAUAGGUGAUUAAUUUUGAAGAAUUAUAAGAAUUGAUGUUUAGAUUGACUAAUAAAUUUAAAUUAUUAAAUGUGAGAUUUUCAACUGGAUCAAGAGGACAAUCUUCAUCAAAAAAAGAGUCUUGGGGUAAUAAUAAUAGUUAAAAUAAUGGAAAACAAAGACAAUAAUUUGACACUCACUUGUCGGAUACAAUAAAUAGAUUUGAAGUGCUAUAUGAGCAUUCUAAAGUAUUAUAGGAGAAGAAAAGAUAGUUGGAAUCCUAUAUACAAGAUGAUCCAGAAUGUCUAUUUAAGCCUUAAUUGACAUCGAAUUAAACAAAGAGAUAAGACAAUGUAAGUACAUUUAAUAGAUUGUAUUAAAAUGCAGAAGCAAUAAAAAUGCAUAAGUAAAAGUUGAAGGACAAUUUGAAUAGAUAAAGGGAUGAAGAGGAAUUAAUGGAAUGCACUUUUAAACCAAAGUUAACUAAUAAACAGAGAUAUUCAUUUAAGCCUGUGAAGGGAGAAUCUGCAAUUCUAGAGAGAAUGAGCAAGGCUAGACAGAUGAAACAAGAAAAAGAGAACUUCUAUUCUAUGGAACAAACCAAUAGUCAAAAUAGGCCUCAUCAAACUGUGCCUGAACCUUUUGAUUUAAGUAAAAGAGUCUCCAAUCCAAAGAAUAUGUUACUGAAUGUGGAUAUAAGGAUUUCAAAAAACAGGAAAGCUAGAAUUUGUAUUAGAGAAGGAGAUGACAUAGAGCAAGUAAUAAAAGGAUUUGCAAAGGCUCAUCAAUUAAGCUUAGAACAAUAGAAUGUAUUAAAAGAAACUUUAGAAUAAUACAUUAAUUGA